AUGACAUUCGAGCAGCAUAGUCUAUUUAUCAAUGCAGCCAAAAUGGACGAUCGACGUACUCGGGUCGAUCACAUCCACUAUUAUGUUCACAAGCUGCCGCCCGCACAUAAAGCCAUGCUUGAAAUUGUUAUUCGCCAUUUGAGAAGAGUUGCGGAUCGCUGUAGCGAAAAUCUUAUGACGGUAGGUAACUUGGGCGUAUGUUUUGGCCCUACCCUUCUUCGACCAAAAGAGGAAACAAUGGCAGCUAUAAUGGAUAUCAAAUUCUGUAACGUUGUGGUUGAAGUAUUGAUUGCACAUUGUGAGCAGAUCUUCGGCACUGAGCCCCCAAAAUCCAUAGGACAACCAUGUCCACCGAAGCCAGAUCAUCGUACUAUUCAUCAAGAAACAAGUCAGCCAGUUAUGUCAAUCGCUGAGCGACAAUCAGACAAUGGACGAUUGAUGCUUACCGCUACAUCUUCAGUACAACCUUCUUCAAGUCGCCCGCGGGCAAUAAUGCCUGCUUCACCAGCAAUCCGAGCUCAUAUGACGGCGUUGGGCUCAUCGAACCCCCCACCUAACACAGCUCCUCCAUCCAACAGUCACAUAUACGAUGUUCCUGCUGAAGGUUUGUUCGUCCAGUUGUGA